GGGCCGCAGGUAGCCGGGGCGCGGGAGGUGGCGCGCGCGGGACCCAUCGCAGCGCCCGGCCGCGCCGCCAGACGGAGCUCCGAGCCUCGCGGUCCCGGACGCCGGCGGAGGUCUGCACCGGCCAUGUGGGGCCCGGGGGUCACGGCCGAGGGCCUGUCGGUGGCUCCGGCGCCGCCACCGCUGCUGCCGCUGCUGCUGCUGCUGGCGCUGGCGCUGGUGGCGCCCUCGCGGGGCGGCGGGGGCUGCGCGGAGCUGGCGUGCGGGGAGCGGGAGCGCUGCUGCGACUCGGCCAACGCCACGGCCGUGCGCUGCUGCAAGCUGCCGCUCCACGCCUUCCUGGACAACGUGGGCUGGUUCGUCCGCAAGCUCUCUGGGCUGCUCAUCCUGCUGGUGCUCUUCGCCAUCGGCUACUUCCUGCAGCGCAUCAUCUGCCCCAGCCCACGCAGGUACCCGCGUGGCCAGGCGCGCCCUGGCCAGGCUCGACCCGGGCCUGCCGGGGACUCCGGGCCGCCGGGGACCGCGGGGCCACCCGACGACGACGACGAUUCGCCUGCCCUGUUGCGCGACGAGGUGGCCGCGGGCUCGCAGGACUCACUGCUGGACAGCGGCGGCGGCCGGGGCCGGGGAAGUGGCGGACGUCUGCCUCCUUCCUGCGUUUCGGAGCACGAGCUGCGAGUGGUUUCGCCGGUCUUCCUCCAGCUGCCCAGCUACGAGGAGGUUAAGUACCUGCCCACCUAUGAAGAGUCCAUGCGGCUGCAGCAGCUCAGCCCUGCCGAGGUCGUGCUGCCCGUGUCGGUGCUGGGCCAUCCGCGAGGCGGCAGUGCCGGGGACCCCGACGGCGGUCAGGGCCGCUUCCCGCUCAUCUGAACGCCCGCAGCCUCACAGGGAUCACCCGGACCGUUUGAGGCUGGGAGCUCCGUGUGGUACGCAACAGCUGGUGUGUUGGCAGCCGCCACUGGCCGCCUUUGACCAUCCCUGCACAUGUCGCCCUACGCCUGGGUUGGGGUCAGCCCCCUCCCUCUCGCUCCCUGGGGAUCCUGUGUUUUUCUGUGUUUCUUUGGGCUCAAGGCUGGGCAGCUCGGCGGGGGCGAGGGCUUUGAGCUAGCUCGCAGCUCCUCUUGGACGGUCGUCCCCGUCCCCUCCUUCUGCCAUGCCUACCCGUGUUCACUGUAAGUGCCUGCUUCUCCAAUCCAAAAGAACGCGUAAACCGUCGGUGUGGCUAAAGACCCUCAGCUUGCUUUAUGUUUGAAAAGGAAGGAGCGCAGGUCCAUUCCUCGCCCUCUGCUUGGACAGGUCCCAGUCUCCUAGGACUGGAUGGUGAGGCCAUUGGCUCUGGGCCACGACCAGUGACUGCUGCAUGCGGGUCUGUGGAGGCAGCGCUUGGCUGUGAUGGGAUCCCUUUCUUGAGAAGGACCCACAAAACCCUUGGGUGUCUUCCUGACCUGUCAAAUAGUCACAGCUGAUGGCUCACAGUUAGGUGGGGGAGGGAUAGCAUGAUGGAUGGUUUAGUUGCUGCAAGGUGUAGCAACCCAUUAGUCCAGAACGUAUUUAUAAUCUGGUACCGAUGAACUUUUGGGCUUGUCAGUAAAAGUGUUUAUUUUGUCUUUUAUUUUUAUAUUUUGUCAUGCACUAAACACAUCAAGAAGCUAGUUCAACAAAUUGACAGGGUAAUCACUGUUCUGUUUUAGGCCCGUAACCAUCAAGAAGUCACCGGCAUUCUGUCAUUGUUUAAUACAGUGUUGGACAUUAUUUCAUUAAAGGUGUGGGGAUGGUCAAACAGGACAUGCGACAUAAAAACAUGAAGGAUAUCUUAUUUUCACUAUUUGAGAAUAUAUUUUAUUUUUAGUACUGAAGCAUAAUACAUAAUUUUUAUAAUAACUGUGUAAUCUCCCAGUAUCAUCUAUCAUGCAAUUAUAUGGAAAAAGAACGUUGGUGCAUGUAUGACACACCAUGAAACAAAAUGGCUUGCAUUAUUUCCUUCUUUAUUUUUCUUUUAGGAUACAUUCUGCAGCGUGAUUCCAAACAUAGUAAACAGAAUUGUAACUUUGUUUAACCUGUAUCUCUGCGGUAAUGUGCAAAAGGUUCCCCUAACCCAUCUUUCUUAAAAUUCAGCAGUAUCAUUUUACUAGUUCUGGGACAUUCUCUUUAAGCAAAGGGACACAUUUAAUGCCUCAUAUAUAAUGUACACAUGGUAUUACCUGUGUACAAUGUAUACGUUGUAUGCCAUAUAGCUGUGGCAGCUUAGCCAGCAUGAAAGGAAAGGAUUAAAAGGAAUACAGCCUUCCCUGGAGAAGUGUGAAUAGUACCAGUUGUCAAAGAUUAUCCACAGGGGUCUGUGAUAGAAGAAGCUGGACAGGCCUGUGAGAUCUUCAAGUAUCUGAUUUGAAUUUUUUUAAAGAUUUGAUUACUUUUAACUUUUAAAGGCUGAUUGAAAAUGUCUGGCAUCCUGGCAAAUUUUUUAAUGUAUUAAUUAUAAUAAAAUAAUAGUUUGCUUUAAAUGUCUCAAGCUACUGACCCUGUCAUUAAAGAAAACCAUCGGAAGUGCAUUAAAACAGAAAACCACUAAAA